AUGUCCUCCGUCACUGGUCCAGAAACCAUUAUCAACGGAUUCGUCGAUGAAAUACGACCAAGCUUUGACUAUACCCUUGCUGGCGCUACGUGUUCUGGCUGUCUGUCCACCCUCCUUGUAGUGCUUCUUGGGUUCUCCACCAAGGAGUCCCGACGCCGUGUGGUAUUCCAGCUGAAUGUACUUGCCAUUUGUAUCGCCCUGACCCUGGGCAUCUUAACCGGCUUGACUAGUGGGAAGGCGGUAGUCGACCCGUACAAUCAGGUGUCGAGGAGCGUCUAUAUUACUUCCAUUGUCUUUACUGUCUACCCGCCAUUACUGUACGACUCGAUUUUGCUGACCCGGCUCUUUGCACUCUACCCCAUCGCUAGCACGCCUUCGGUCACUCUAGUGAAAAUAUUUGCAUUCCCAUUCUGCGUCAAAUGCGCUCGAGUGGUAGCCCUUGCACUCUUCCUCAACAACUACGUCAAGUCUGGGUCUACCACCCAGGCUCUUGUGCAGAGCCAGGAGGCUGACUGGUAUCGUAACCCCAAACUUACGGCUGAAUGGACGAUGCAGAUGGCAGACAACUUAUACUCUGUCAGUUUCUUCCUUUACAACCUCCAUAUGCGCACAUCAUUGAUACAAAGUGGUGAGCUCGCUCUCCUAGGCGGCAUAUCAGAGCGCAUCCGGCAAAUCUUCUACAUCUCUGUCGCCAAUUUCGUCUUCCCUCUUAUAUUCAACAUCGCACAAAUCAUCUUGAUCUCGACAGAUCGGUCCCCCAAUACCGGCGGCUUGCUACUCUUGAUCAACAACUACGUAACUGUCAUUGGUGUAUUAUGUGCCACACUCUGGUUCUCAGGAUCAGAGUGGGUUCGGAGUCGCAAGGAAUCAUCAGCUGAAGACGUGUUCUGGCUCAAUCCGAACCUGGGUGGGGUAAAUGGCGUUGGCAGGAAGAGAGAGAACGAAAUUGUAGUGAUCGGGAAGACACCUGAUGCUGCAGAUUUCGCACGCCGGGGGAGCAAUGAAUUCCAAGCAUCUUGUGAUACUAGCGAGAGAGUAUAA